AGUGAAAAAUAGGAUUUAUUCUGUAGUUUGGUCAACAUUUGUUGCCACCGACUGGAACAAAUAAUUGUGAAUCUAAAUCCGGUCGAUUUCGGUCUGUGAGCAGUGGAAAAUCGGAAGAUAUUUUGUAUUUUCGACAUACUUGGAAUUGUACCAUCUGUCAAACAAGUUUACAAAACGCAUUUUCAUGUUCAAAAUAUUUGUGAAGAUGGGUUCCCUGUUCUAGGAUUCUUUGUGUGUCCCCAUUUAUGUUCCAUUGCUCAACAUCUGGUGAUACUGUUUGGGAAAGGCAGCCAGCAAAGGUGACACCGAAAUCCAACAUAACUGUUCUUUCCAGAGUGCCAACAACUAGCCCACAGUCAUCCGUGUGCCAACCACCAACAUGUAUCCGAUGAGGAAUCGUUGACACGUUGGAAACCAACAAGCAAUUUUUAUGCACCUCAAGGCACCAGUUAGUAUCAACAAAGCACUACCAUAAAUACCAUCACCAUCACAACCAGCAGCAGACCGGGAGAAUGACUAACGAUUCCACCGGCUGGACUCAGCGUGCAAUUCGAGCUAGGCAAACAUAAUCGCGUAGAUAGAACGUAGUUUUCGGUUGAACCGAACAGAGGGAAUCCUUCCGCAGGAGGAGAAGGGAGAUUGAAAAAUGGGAAGCUGUUUGACAUGCUUCAAAGCUCCACCGAACACGACGGCGAACAGUGUCGGGACAGCGGGUCUAGUAUCCGGACCGGAGGCCACUGCAGGAGAUCCAGAUGCGGCAGUUCACGAAACAGCAGACCUGCUGGCCGCCAGCCCGAUACGAAUGCCGUCGCUCGGGCCAGACCGAAAGAGUGGCAGUUUUAAGAAAACAAUAGGACUACUUAACGGGAAUGUGAACGCACUGCCGGAUGGUACCGGUUUGACAGGCAAAGAUCUCGCGACGCAAAUCUCGGACAACGAUCUGAACAAGCUGUUCGAGGAGUACAAGGACGAUCAGGAGGACGCGAUCCUCUCGGAGGGCAUCGAAAGGCUGUGCUGUGAUCUAGGUUAUAAGCCGGACGACUUUGCCAUCCUAGUGCUGGCCUGGCGCCUGAACGCGUCCCAGAUGUGCCAGUUCACCAAGUCCGAGUUCAUCCAGGGUUUGCAGCAGAUGAACGCGGCCAGUAUCGAAGACGUCAAGGCACGGCUGCGACAGAAUGUGGAAAAGCUCAAGGACGAUUCGGAAGAUUUUAAGCUGCUGUACAGAUUCACGUUCCGGUUCGGGCUGGAACAGGGACAGCGAAUUUUACCGCUGGAUAUGGCCAUCAGCCUGUGGCGGCUGGUGUUUACCGUUCACACGCCGGACAUCUUACCUCGGUGGUUGCACUUUUUAGAGCAGCCCCAGAACAUCCGGGGCGUUCCGAGAGACACCUGGUACAUGUUUCUGAACUUUGUAGAGACCUGUGAUAUUACACAGUACGAUGACACCGAGGCGUGGCCCAGCUUGUUCGACGAUUUUGUCGAAUACGAGCAGGAACGGGCCAAGCUGACCGUUAAGGGUACUCCGAAGGACCCGGAUGGGGACCCGGAGGAGGACGACAACAACAACGGCUACAACAAUUCAUAGUAUUUUGUAACGACGCCUUCGUUCAGCAGAAGUGACUUUUGGGGCGCACGAAUAUACGUUUUACUUUAUUUAUUAUUUCCAACGAUCGCGCGAGAACCGUUCAACGCAUUAGAGUUAACUGUUCUCUCGUUGCUACUAUUUCCGUCGCAAUAUGACUUAAAGAAAUUUGCGAGCAUUCUUAAGCCCGCUUCGAGAGGCCGCGUACACCGUGCUCGUGUGCGGAUGAGAAGCAAAUAUUUAACAAACUUUACGCAUGUUAAUCGUUUGUUCAAUGUAACGAAUUUUUAAUUCUUAAGACUAUGAGUACUCUUAAUAUUUGUUUUUUUUUUAUAUACACUCUUAUAUAGAUAUCGAAAUUUAGCGUAAUCCAGUUACGAUCAGAUAAAAAAAACUGAAUUUGUGGUUUGCUUGUUAAAUGAGAAACGAAUACAAAAUUUAGUCUGCUCUGCGUUUAGAAAAAAUAAACUCAUAUCAGAAAUGAUAACGAAAAAAAAAAUAGUUGGGUGAAAACAGAAGAGGAAGGCGAUAGUAAAAACGGAAUUUAUGUACAAGCUUUUCGGCUAAGCAAACUAUUUUACCCUUCGUCGAAGGUACCACUUACAAAGGACGCUGCAACACUUAACCGACAUUACACUGAACCAUUUCACAUUUUAGCUCAAAACGGAAACGAAUAAUAAAAAAAGGUAAAACAAUUGUCUUAUUUUGGAAGCAAAUGUGUGUGUUGAAUGUAUUUGUUGGAUAGAGUCAGUUCUGAAUUGGAAGAAAAACAUUGAAGAAUGAAAUAAAACCAGAUGAAUCGUGGAAACAAAGAACAGUAGGUUAAAUUUAAACCAACUAGUGAAACUUUAUUUAAGAUAAAUCUAGAGAAAUGGAUAAUAAAAUUAAAAAACAAUUUAA